CCCCACACACACCUCGCAGCCAACCGGAAAUGCCCGCGUCUUCCAGACUCAACCCCUCCUCCGCCACGUGCUCCCUCGCCGCCGCCUCCGCCUCCACCUCCGCCUCGCCUCGCCGCCGCGGCCGCGGCCGGCGGCCCGCCUCCGCGAUGGGCCAGGCCCCGAGCUCGCCGCCGGGGCCGGGGCGCAGCCGCAGCCGCGGAAUCUCGAGAUGGCCGCCGCCGCCGCCGCCGCUGCAGGGGCUCCGCCUCGACCUAGGGUUGCUGCUUGGCCGCAAGGCGAGGACGAGGUCCGGGGGCGGGAAGCUGGACCUGGCGAACUGGCUGAGGUGCUUCGUGGCGCCUCCCCUGCCGCAGCCUUCGGAGGCGGAGGCGAGCGCCGAGGGGAGGGACGCGGGGAACCGCGAGGAGGAGGAGGCCGGGAAUGAGGAGGCCGAUCACCUCGUCGUCAUGGUCAACGGGCUGUACGGGAGUUCGGCGGAUUGGAAAUUUGCUGCAGAGCAGUUUGUGAAGAGGCUGCCGGGGAAAGUCUUCGUGCAUCGCAGUCAGUGCAACCAUUCAAAGUUAACAUAUGAUGGAGUCGACUUGAUGGGAGAAAGGUUAGCUGAAGAGGUUCGACAAGUUGUUCAGAGGAGAAGUAACCUGCAGAAGAUCUCUUUUGUUGCCCAUUCACUUGGUGGUUUAGUUACAAGAUAUGCAAUUGGAAAACUGUAUGAUCCAUCAAUAAAUGAAGAGGCUUCUCUUGAUAAAGAAAACUUCUCAAAUGAACUGAGAACAUCUGAUGGUGGUAAAAUAGCUGGUUUGGAGCCAAUAAAUUUUAUUGCAGUUGCUACUCCACACUUGGGAUCAAGGUGGAAUAAACAACUUCCCUUCCUUUUUGGUGUUCCACUUUUGGAGCGAACUGCUGCAGUAACUGCACAUUUUAUAGUUGGGAGAACAGGGAAACAUUUAUUCCUUACAGACUCAGAUGAUGGGAAGCCCCCACUUCUCCUACGAAUGGCUGAAGACUGUGAUGAUGGAAAAUUCAUGUCUGCGUUGCGCUCUUUUAAGCGCCGUGUUGCCUAUGCGAAUGUAACAUAUGAUCAUAUAGUUGGCUGGAGAACAUCAUCAAUUCGGCGUCAGCACGAAUUACCUAAAUUGCAGUUAACACCAAGUGAUAAAAAGUAUCCACAUAUUAUCCAUGUUGACAAAGGAAAUUCAGAGCAUCAUCAGCAAGAGGAAUCUGUAGAAGCUUCACUUACAGAUAGCAUGGAAGAAGUGAUGAUCCAUGGCCUUACACAAGUUCCCUGGGAACGUGUUGAUGUAUGCUUUCAUAAGAGCUGGCUAAGAUACAAUGCCCACCACAAUAUCCAGGUUAGGAUCCAUCCUGUUAAUUCAGACGGCGAAGACGUAAUCUACCAUUUGAUAGACAAUUUUCUAGUGUAGCUAAAUUUCGAUGAAUUAUUGAUAAAUAACAGCCUUUUAUACGGUGGGUUAACUCCAUUGUACCACUCUAGUUAGGUGAUGACACCCGUGGACCAACAUGCCUGGUUCAUUAGAUCACACGUGAUGUAAGGUUAUCAUUUAUCGGAGCCUGGGUGCCUCUGAUUUGUUGUCUUGUAGUGUAACUGUGUAAGGAUAAUUGUUAGAUUGUUAAUAGUGUAAAUGUCGGUGUAAUAUUUUUUGUACAUAUAAAUUUUAUAAACUUGACUGCCUCUGGUUGUAUAUGCAGUUCUCUGAAUAAAGAUGCUCUUUA